AUCGCUCUACUCACACACGCCUCUCCUCACAGCAGGUUCUGGCCAUGCCUGGUCCACGACAAGAUCCUGGUAUCGAUCAACGAUAGUCGUGGUGACAAGAAGCUGCAGCGAUGCAAAUCCCACCAUUGGACGUGCUGCUAGCAUGGCCCAGCCCGAACUAUGAGAAUCCGAAGACAAGAGGAGAAGCCUUGCUGGUGCUGCUCAUAAUCUUUUCGAUACUGGUCGUGGCGGCCGUAAUAGCGAGGUUCUACUCUCGCAUAGUGGUGAAGAAGUGGUAUGGGUUGGACGACACAAUGAUUGCGUUGGCAUUGCUAUUUACUCUCGGCAUGAACACCUCAGUGAUACUCGCCAAUCGACGGUAUGGCUGGAAUCGACACAUCUGGGACAUACAACCUGGAGACAUACAGAAUGCCAACAUCGUCGCAUUUUCGGCAAAGUUACUGUUCGUCCAAGCGGCCACUUUCACUCGCAUAUCAUUGAUCUGCUUCUACUACCGGCUAGUCAGGGACAGCGGCAUCGAUUGGUUCAUAUGGGUGCUCCAUGGAGGCAUGUUCUUCGUGAUCGGACUUGGAAUUGCUUUCACCUGCAUCGGGAUAUGGCUCUGCAGUCCAGUUCAGGCUUACUGGGUCUUUCCUCCAAUCGCGGGCUCCAAGUGCAUGGAUGAAGGCACUACAACGCUGACCAUCGGUAUAUUCAACUGCCUGGCUGAUCUCACCACCACGCUGCUACCCAUCCCACUGGUCAUGCGUCUCAAGAUGCCGCUGAAACAACGCAUCGAAGUCUGCUUCCUGCUUGGCUUGGGUUUUGUGGUUACGAUUGCAGGAAUCGUCCGAACAUACUUCAUCUGGAAGUCAUUGAUCGACAGCUGGGACACGACUUGGUACUCGUAUCCUUUGUGGAUUGCUGCAGCUAUUGAGAUCGACGUUGCUGUGAUAUGUGCUUGCGCACCUGCUCUCAAGCCCUGAUCCACCAACCUAUCGCUCGAAUGACCAGCAUAAUCUCCAUGACGUUUGGCUCCCUCCGCUCCCCCGACUCCUCCCGCCACGACCCGAACUCCUCCAGCGUCCUCUCGGCUCGUUCCAACAAAAGCAGCCCAUUUCGCUUCCGCCAGCAAAACGACAGCGUGUGGGAUGGCGAUAGCGGCUACGGCAUGCUCCGAGUCGACCGAGAUUGCGAGAAAGAUCCUAUGCAAGCUGUACACUUGGCGGGUUCCGAGAAUGACUUGAGGACGAAGAACGAAGGGGUUUUCGGUGGGAUGUGGGGAGCAAGGAAGCCGAGUGCUGCUACUGCUGGAACGAGAUUGCCGCCGCUGGAGAUUAUCAAGCGACAGUCGGUGGAUCAAGAGAUAUCGUAUGUGAACCCUGAGCAAAGCAGGAUGAAGGUGGGAUCGCCAUUGGCGCGCGGUGAUGAUUGGGGAGACCGAAGUGGUUGAAAUCUACGAAGUUGAUCGAUGUGAGACAAUCGAUACGGGCAAGGAGUUACGCUUGGGGCAAUGGAAUGGUCGAGGACUGGAGUUUGAUAGGAUGAUACCCAUGUUUACACGAGGGCUCCGGGAUGGGCGGUGCGGCGAUGAGUGUGUGCUUCGUUCGGACUAUGGUGGGGAAUGAAGAAUCGUAUGAUACAAAGAUGUAUGAACAAUG